CUCGUGCGGGAGGUCGGGAGAAGUCAGUGGGCAGAAGGCGGCGCGCGGGGUUGGAGAUAGGCGAAUCCACGUGCAGGCGGAGAUAUGGCGGCGGUCGCGGCACGCUUAUUUCAGAACUGGCGUGCAUCCUCGGCACCAGUGCUGCUGACCCACGCAAGGAAUGCAUCAGUACUUUGCCAUAAACUUGAAUUUAAAGACUACGGCAACCCAUUGGAAGUUAUCUCCAAGGUCGAGGAAGAAGUCAGCGAUGAUCUCGAACCCAAACAGGUGCUGGUGAAGAUGCUGGCCGCUCCGCUGAACCCGGCCGACAUCAACACGGUGCAGGGCACGUACGCGGUCAAACCUGACUCGUUCCCGGCCGUUCUGGGCAACGAGGGCCUCGGCGAGGUGGUGGCCUGCGGCAGCAAGGUCACCCAGAUGGAGCCCGGCGACUGGGUCAUCCCCUUCCUCAACGAGUUCGGCACAUGCCGCAGCCACGCUGUCGCCGCCGAGGAGGACGUCGUUAAGAUCCGGAACACGGUACCGCUGGUGGAGGCGGCCACGCUCUCCGUCAACCCGUGCACCGCGUUCCGGAUGUUGCACGACUUCGUGCGGCUGGAGGAGGACGACGUCGUUAUACAGAACGGCGCCAACAGCGCGGUCGGCCAGGCGGUGAUACAGCUGUGUCGCGUCUACGGCUACCGGUCGGUGAACGUGGUGCGGGCGCGGGAGGAUCUGGAGGAGGUGCGGCAGCACCUGACGGGCCUGGGCGCCACCGUGGUGCUGACCGAGGAGGAGCUCCGGACGACGCCACUGUUCCGGUCCGGUGAUCUGCCUAAGCCCCGACUGGGCCUCAACUGCGUGGGCGGCGCCUCCGCCACGGAGGUGGCGCGCCAGCUAGCCACCUCCGGCACGCUGGUCACGUACGGCGCGAUGAGCCGCGCGCCGCUCACCGUGCCCACCGCCCAGCUGAUCUUCCGUGACCUGCGCGUGCGCGCCUUCUGGAUGACGCGCUGGACGCGCCAGCACUCGGUGGCGCGCGCCCGCUGGGAGAUGCUGGACGAGCUGCAGACGCUGUGCGAGCACAAGUACUUGAGGGCGCCGCGUUACCAGCUGGUCCACAUCGACGACUGGCGUCAGGCGGUGAGCCGUACCAUGCCCGGUGGCGGCCGCGUCGGCGCCAAGCAGAUCCUCACCUUCGACCGCCAGCUGACCGUCUAGCCGCUGGCCGGCGGACUCGGCCUGACCCCUGCCGCGAAUACUGCGCGCUGAGGGCGCACAUAGAGGGCGCUGGCUGCCGUGCGCCCCCCCCCCCCCCAGCCGACCGCCAGGCAAGUGUGGUGGUGACGGAGACGUCUUCCAGUCAUUGUGGAGCUGUGCUUUGCAACCUGGUGGGUUAUUUUAUGAUACCGUGCUGUGGCUGUGGAUUUACUUCAAACGCACGUAUUUGUACACGAUGUUUGGAGAGGUUUUCGUUGCGCGUAUGUUUGCCGUGUUGUUUUGCACAUUCAAUAAAGCCUGCUGGCCUGCUG